UACUCACCGACCACCAUCACCGACUGCGAGACUUGACUUCCUUACUUGUCGACGUCGACAUCGACAACAGUACCAGAUCCCACUGCAAGCAAUAGCGCCCAAAAGGAGAUCAGCCGCCCAAUUACAGGCGCCCCGCGCCGCAGCCAGUAUGCUCUCUGCGUCCAUGGCGUCCCAACGCUCGCAUACCCCCGUAGAUCAGGAUUUGCAGACACUGUACGACGAAGUAUGGGCUGGAUUUGCGCUGGAGGAACCGUCGUCGGCAGUGUCAUCAGAAAGGGACCUCGACAACAUAUACAGUGUAUAUGGUGCAGAUGGCGAGUAUUCACCGUCGCCGGCCCGUCAUGGCCCCAAUACUCGCCACGAGCUACCCGUUCCUUCUUCACGGCCUUCGCGAAACACACCAUCACCAUCACCUAUCAGUGGAAGCGGCAGUGUUCGCCAACUUCCGCCAACGCCCGGUUCCGCUCAUAUAUCGUCCCCUUCCUUUUCUAUGCCUGAGCCAGACGUUUAUGAACCGCAGCAUCGACCGAGUCUCAGUAGCUCAGAGUCAUAUUCGCCGGGCAAUUCUUCCUCAGACAUGCUUCGGGGGUCAUCAGUCAGCGGCAGGGGUGUGACGAUGAGCGGUCGGCCUCUCCCAGCACCUCCCACUUCCAAUCCUCGUGUUCCCGAACAUCUGUCCGACAUCCGGACACCAUCUUCAAGUGGAAGUGCCUCAGGGGACCUUCCGUAUCGACGUUCUCCCAACUAUAACAACGGUAGUUCCGGAGACUCUUAUGCUGUGCGCAAUGCGGUACUCCCACGAGAGAAAGCCCCGGGUGCUUUGGGUUACGAUACGUCUUACCGUCCAACAACUGCGCCCUCUUCGUCCCUGGGCCACAAUUCCUCCCCUCCUUCUCAGCAUCAGAGCGGCUUAGGACACACAAUGACACCUUCUGGAUCGUCACUGGAAGUACCACGACCAGUCCCCCGCCGUCCAAGCAGGGAGUUCCAGAAUGACUACUUUUCGCAGGGGGAUUAUACUACAUCACCGGAUGCAGUCCCUUCAGUUUCUGGUUAUGUGGAUGCUAGGGCAGGGCAUCGGAACGCGUCGGUCAACCGCGGCCUUCACCAAUUGGCAAGUUCAACAUCACCGCCGGAACAUCCUCCAUCACCUCCUGUAGCCAUUUACUAUCCAUCCACCUCAUACCUGGAGCCUGCCAGUCCGACUGAUCAGUUUUAUGAUGCCAGUCCUAGCACUGUUGUGCGCCGCCCUAGCGAUAUGUUACGUGACAUCGCGAACUACUCACAUGCUGGAGAGCUUGAUGGAACUGAUGACGUUGAAUAUUGGGAAGAAGAGGAGGAAGGGGAGGAAAGCUUUGUCAACUUCUCGUUAUUGUCACAUCUGGCCGUUCAGUUGAAGGACAAAGUCCCGAGAGGGACUCAUGUGAAGGGGAGUAUACCGUACCCACGGGCGUUUACAGGUAAGGAUAUUGUGUCAACAAUACAAUCGCUCAUACAGCGUGAACUCGCUAUCAACCUCAGCAUGUCAACGAAUGAUCGGCGGGCCGCUCUGCAGGUAGCAAGGAGUCUACAAAGUCAACUCUUCUUCUAUGAAGUCGAAUGGGGUGGACGUGUGCUACAGGAUGGCGUCGAGGAUGUGUACAUGUUCCUCGAUGACCAGGAGGGCACUUCGGACUUUGCUCCGAUGCGGGAAGAACUACCGACAGGCGUGGUCACAAUGCUGACAAAAUGUUAUGUAUCGACGUGUGUUGACGAGUCUCCUUGCUAUUCCUAUUCGUGCCCACGAAGGGGAAAUUCAAUAUUAGGCCCAUCAAAUGGACCAGUGGAGCUACCGGUAUCGGUGCCGAAACCAGAUUGGCCUAGUACGGUGCCCAAGGACGUCAUUGAUGCACUGCCUGAGAGCGAGAUCAACCGGCAGACCAUCAUCCACAAAAUCAUCAACAAGGAAGAUCAGUACAUUCAAGAUCUGGACAUUGUUGAAUCCGACUUCAUCAAACCUCUUCGACUGGCUAACCCCCCGAUCAUAUCACCUCCGGAAAAGUUGGAAGACUUCAUUGAUGAUGUCUUUGGAAACAUCCUGGAUUUGCGGGAGUGCAAUCGGCGGCUACUGGAGGUGAUGUAUGUUCGACAACGUGAGCAGCAAUACGUGAUCCAACGGAUCGGGGACGUAUUCCUCACUGCCGCCACCGAGUUCCGGCUGGCUUAUCCCAUCUACAUCGGACAUUACCCCUUAGCAGAAAAGAGGCUAAAGGAUGAGGUCGAAAAUAACCCGGAAUUCAGACGGUUCCUUGAGCAAUGUUCACGACAAACGACAAGACAGGGCGGAGACAACUUGCGCCUUGACCUGAAGCACUUCCUCAACAGGCCAUCGGAGCACCUGCAAAAAUAUCCAGUCUUUUUGGAAGCCAUUUACCAUGAGACUGCAGUUGGAAAUCCUGAUGCAGACUAUCUUAUGGAAGCGAUUGAGGCUAUCAAGAGCUUGCAAACUGUGGCUCAGCUGAGGACUUUCCAAUCUGCUAUGGGAAAGGGUACACCUGGUAAAUGGGAGUGGCACGAUCUUGUCUCGACGGAGGUACGGAAAAGUCUACCAAAGGAGGAGGCGAAGCGUCAAUCGAUCAUCUUUGAGCUCAUCAAGGGUGAGAUGGCGUACGUCAAAGAUCUGGAGAACAUUGACAUUAUGUACAUCAAAGCACUGCGUGCCGCGAACCCGCCGAUUAUUCCUCCCGACAGACUGAAUAGUUUCAUCAAGGACGUCUUUCACAACUUUGCAGAACUAGGAUAUCACCACCGAAAGUUGGUGGAGAAGUUCCACGAGAUCCAGCGCGAGCAGCAUCCUGUGAUUCGUUCUGUCACUGCAGCUAUGUUCGAUGCUGCUUUGAACUUCAGGGACGCGUAUAUGGAAUACAUUCCUAAUUAUCCCAUAGCAGCGUAUAGGAUCGACGACGAAAUGGCCAAAAAUCUUGCGUUUAAGACUUUUGUGGAGCAAUGUGUUCGUCAUCCAGAUGCUCAUCGUCUUGACAUGAAGAACUUCAUUAAUCGACCUAUCCCCCGUUUGCUUCGGUACGAGCUUUUGUUGAAAGGUAUCUUGGACGAGACGCCGCCUGGACACGAUGACCGGAAGGAGAUACCUCAGGUCCUUGAGGUCAUCAAAUCUAUCGGCAAAGACACCGAACCUGGCGUCGUAUCCGCGAAGCAGAAAGUAGAGUUGUGGCGGUACAAUUCCAAUCUGGUCUUUAAGCAUGGGGAAUCAAUCGACAUGGAUCUUCUUGAUGAGAACCGUUCACUGAUAUACUCGGGGAAAUUAUUACGGCAACCUGAUAGCGGUUUGGAGUGGAAUGGAUGGAGUGAAUUGUUCGUUCUCCUUUUCGAUAAUUACCUCGUCUUAACAAAACCCAAGGAACGGGAUGGUGUAACGAUGUACUAUGUGAACAGAAGGCCCACGCCCCUGGACCUUCUUACUUUGGUCAAUUUCACAGAUCCGCCGACUCAACGUAGUACCGGUUUACUUCGUAAUCUGAGAGGAGAGCGACACACAGAAGGCCCUAAUGGCACUCCCGGCGGGGUAUCGUCCCCGGAGAGCACCACGGACUCUCGUUCUGUCUUCCCGUUGACGCUGCACCAUAAUGGUAGAAUGGGUGGUCCAUACAUCCUCUAUGCAGAGUCUGCCCAGGCGAGAGCCGAGUGGAAACAGAAACUUGAAGAGGCUUUGGUGAUUCGCAAAGUCGUGCAGGAGUCAAACAAGGUCUUCGAAAUUGAGACGUUGAGUUCCGAUACAUUUUUGGUACCUGCGAUAGUUGGCGGUCCCAGUUCUCCGCCUGCAUGGAACCAGGAAAAUUCGUUUACGGGCAAGGUCACUUGCUCUGUUCCGUUCAAUACUGCAGAUGGACGCGGACUGGUUGCCAUUGGAUGUGCGGAGGGUGUAUGGAUUGGGUUUAGGCAUGAUCCGAAAUCAAUGCGCCGUGUUCUACAUCUCAAGCUGGUUACACAAUGUGCCAUGCUAGAGGAGUUCGGACUUUUCUUGGUCUUGGCUGACAAGUCUCUUUUCGCCUACCAUAUCGAAGCGCUAGUACCUUCUUCUCCUCAGAAUGCACAUGCUUCGCAAGUCCCACAAAAGCUAAAUGGAAACAAGGACGUUCAUUUCUUCAGCGUUGGGACUCUUCAUGGCCGAACAUUAGUCAUCUACAUGAAGAAAAAAGCGCUGAACAGCAUCUUCCGAGUAUUGGAACCGGUGGGGGACAAGAUCAAUGAACGAGUGAAGACUCCAGGUGGCCUCGGGUCCCGUCUGGGGUUCCGCUCCGCAAAAUCGGAAUGGUUCAGGAUAUACAGAGAUUUCUUCCUACCAUCGGAAUCGUUUGAUCUGAUUUUCUUGAAAGCCAAGAUCGCAAUCCUUUGCACAAAAGGCUUUGAGAUCAUGGAUCUUCAUGACUUCAAGAGUGCAACGAUUCCCCAUUCCGAAGACCCGAAGUUAGCAGCAAUCGCCAAGCGUGGCGAAUCGUGUCGUCCUAUCGGAAUGUUCAGAUCAGCUGAUGAUGAGUUCCUUUUGUGCUAUGAUGAGUUUGGACUAUACGUCGACAAACAUGGCGAUCCUAGUCGAUCUUCGGGUACUAUUGAAUGGGAGGGUACGGCUGAGCGUGCUGCUCUGCAUCUACCAUACAUCCUCCUGUUCGAUAGUCGAUUUAUUGAGGUCCGCCGUCUCGAGACUGGCAGGCUGGUGCAGAUCAUACCGGGCAACGACGUUCGUUGCAUAUGGGACGGUCGUGGAGUGAAUCUACAAAAUCCCGUAACGACGCCUCCGGCUAAUGGUUCCAGUGCUGACGAUGAGAUGGUACAAGAAGCUCAAGUUCAUGCCGUGAUGAGCUCAACUGAACAGCAGGGGGGGAGGGGAAUGCCUCGAGCUAUUGCACAACACGUAUUCGAACUCGUGCCGACCGUACCAUUGUACCCUCCUGGACCUGUCCAACUACCGCAAGCAGCGCCAUACCAACCAUCUUACUCUCCACCCCGAUCCCCCGAAAUGAGAACCUCCAUGUCCUGGAGGCCAUGAAAUAUGUAAUGCCUUUGCUACUAUCUUUGUUGUAUAUCUAGUUCGACCUUCACCUGGGACGGAAUCAAGGCUGUUCCGCUGGACGCGCUUGACCAUUGGUUUGGAUUUUGGGUGAUAAUCGAGAGAAGAAUCAAGUACUGUACUUAUUAUGGUGUAAUGACCGUGCAUGUAAUGGACAUGGGACAUUGGAUAGACAUUACGAUAGAUCUGUAGAGUUCAACCAUGCGUCGCCUCAUCCAAUUUACCUCCGUGUCUUUUUGGUGU